UGUGUGUUUGCACAAAUCCCCAAGUCUCAUUUCGCUCCUGAUUUUCCUUCUUCACAAGAAGAAGGUUAAACGCAAGAACCAGCAGGAUCCCUGCUUGGAACUUCCAAUUUUUUUGUGUUUGCUAUAUUAAGAAAGAGAAAAAGACUGCGAAGAAAUUAGUUUUAUAGCCUCCAUGGCUAGCAGAAAACUUGUCCCGAAUUUAUUGCGAUCAAAACAGCCUCUUUUUCGUCAGCUGUUAGAAGCUGAACAGGUUUCUAGCAGACAUGCGAGGCUACGUUUGGUUCCGCCAAAUGGGCAUUCGUUUAGACGCGAGUUCAGCGUGUUUAGUGAGUUCUCCAAGAAGAUUAAAGGCGAAGUUGACCGGAACCAGGAAUUUAAACAAUCCGUGAAGGAAUUUAAGGAGAAAGCGGAAGAACUGAAAGGGGUGAAAGAAGAUCUGAAAGCUGGCAGACAUUUCCAAUGGGACCCUGAGAUGGUGAAAUGGCAAAAUGCAGAACUAAGCAGACAUCUGAGAAGCUGUACAAGCACGUGGAUGGUGUUUGGACGGAGGCCGAGGAGAAGGCAAAAAAAGGUAUAUGCUGAUGUGGAGGAAAAGAUUUCUGCUGCAAAAGUGGAGGUAAAAGAAAAUUUUGGUAUUGGAAAGCAAGAGUCUCAAAAAAGCGAUGGCACUUCGGCUAAUUACAGCUCAAACGACAAAGAUGGAAGUUAUUCCGCAUUUAGAGAAGAAAAGCAGCAGGGACAGAAGCAGCAAUCUGAAUCUAGCGAUACUACAGAUACAAUAUUUAGCAAGGUUAAGUAUGGUGUUUCUUCCGUCUCUUCUAAAGUUUCAUUGGCCUUCCUGAAAUUGAAGGAAGCAAAACCCAUUGACUUGGUGAAGAAGGGUUACGAUAUUGUGAAGGACGAGUUGAAAGGUAACCCAAACAGGAGAAAGCGAUUGGAAUAUGAUGCUUCUUCUGUUUCCUCAUCACCAAAAGUUGAAAGGAGCACACGGACCGAUGUAGUUGUGUUGCCCUCACAGCAGUCUGCAUGGAGUAAGAAAUGGGAGGCAUUCAAAGAAAAGAUGAAAGGACAUCCUAUAUUCAAGCAUGCUAGUGGGAUAAGUGAGCCUGUAAUCGGAAAGAGCCAGGAGAUUGCAGAGGAUAUGAGGGAGAGAUGGGAGACUAGUGAUCACCCAGUUGUUCACAAAAUCCAAGAUAUUAGUGAAACUGUACUUGGAGAAUCAGAUGCGGCCAUGUCUUUCAAGGAAAUACGUCGUAGAGACCCGACAUUCUCUUUACCAGAAUUUGUGGCUGAAGUUCAAGAAGUGAUCAAACCAGUUCUUAAUGCUUACUUCAAAGGUGAUGUUGAAGUUUUAAGCAAGUAUUGUAGCUCUGAAGUGAUUGAGAGGUGUAAAGCUGAGCAUAAAGCUUUUGAAAGCCAGGGGAUCUUUUUUGACAACAAGAUUCUACACAUAUCAGAAGUUGAAGUUCGAGAGACCAAGAUGAUGGGGGACACUCCUAUAAUCAUUGUGGCAUUCCAAACACAACAAGUCUAUUGUGUACGUGAUAGACUUGGAUCUAUAACAGAAGGUGGCCAGGAUACCAUCCACACAGUAUAUUAUGCUUGGGCCAUGCAGCAACUAGAUCCAGAAGAACUUGGAGAUGGCGCUCAUUACUCGAUAUGGAGGCUUAGAGAAAUGCAACAGCUUGGUGUCCGAGCCCUUAUUUGAUUUCAUUUUCUAUAUUACCUUGAUGAAUAAUUUUGCCAGAUGAUUCUUUAACAUUUAUUUUAAGAAGGCUGAGGAAUUUUGAGGCAGCAUCUUCA